CGCUCCGGACGCGAUGGCUUUGACUACCUGGGCUCUCGGCCCCGCGCUGCGGCUCUGUGCCGCCGGCCCUGUCUGCUCCUGGGAGAUGCUGCACGUGGCCGGAGCAGGUGUGUGCGGCUGCUGCGGCGCCCUGCGUCCUCGCUACAAAAGACUCGUUGACAACAUCUUCCCUGAGGACCCAGAGGAUGGGCUGGUGAAGACCAACAUGGAGAAGCUGACAUUUUAUGCCCUGUCUGCUCCGGAGAAGCUGGAUCGUAUUGGUGCCUACCUCUCCGAGCGGCUCAUCCGAGAUGUGAGCCGGCACCGAUACGGGUAUGUGUGUAUUGCCAUGGAGGCCUUGGACCAGCUCCUCAUGGCCUGCCACUGCCAGAGCAUCAACCUCUUCGUGGAGAGCUUCCUGAAGAUGGUGGCAAAGCUGCUGGAGUCAGAGAAGCCAAACCUGCAGAUCCUGGGGACCAACUCGUUUGUGAAGUUUGCCAACAUAGAAGAGGACACUCCAUCUUAUCACCGCAGCUAUGACUUCUUCGUCUCCCGCUUCAGUGAGAUGUGCCACUCCAGCCAUGAUGACCUGGACAUCCGGACAAAGAUCCGGAUGUCUGGCAUUAAAGGCCUACAAGGAGUGGUGAGAAAGACAGUGAAUGAUGAGCUCCAAGCUAACAUCUGGGACCCACAGCACAUGGACAAAAUUGUGCCCUCUCUGCUCUUCAACUUACAGCACGUGGAGGAGUCUGAAAGCCGCUCCCCCUCCCCGCUGCAAGCCACGGAGAAGGAGAAGGAGAGUCCUACGGAGCUGGCGGAGAGGUGCCUGCGGGAGCUGCUGGGCCGAGCGGCGUACGGCAACAUCAAGAACGCCAUCAAGCCUGUCCUCAUCCACCUGGAUAACCACUCACUCUGGGAGCCGAAGAUCUUUGCCACGUGCUGCUUCAGGAUCAUCAUGUAUUCAAUCCAGCCACAGCAUUCCCACCUCGUGAUCCAGCAGCUCCUGGGACACCUGGAUGCCAACAGCAAGAGCGCAGCCACUGUGCGGGCGGGCAUCGUGGAGGUCCUUUCAGAGGCAGCGGUGAUCGCAGCCUCCGGAUCUGUUGGUCCUACGGUGCUGGAGGUGUUUAACACCCUGCUGAGGCAGCUAAGGCUCAGCAUUGACUAUGCACUGACGGGAAGCUAUGACUGCGGUGCCGGUGUCAGCACCAAGAUCAUCAAAGAGCAUGAGGAGAGGAUGUUCCAGGAGGCCGUCAUUAAAACCAUAGGGUCCUUCGCCAGCACACUGCCCACCUACCAGCAGUCUGAGGUGAUGGUCUUCAUCAUGAACAAGGUGCCACUACCCUCCACACAGCAGUCCAUUGAGGCUGGCAAAGCUGGGGAGAACCGGAAUCGGCUGACACAGAUAAUGCUCCUAAAAUCCCUCCUGCAGGUCUCUGUGGGCUUCCAGUGCAGUAACAUGCUCACGGCACUUCCCAGCGUUUUCCUGGACAGGCUGCUCUCUGCAGCCCUCAUGGAGGAUGCUGAGAUCCGCCUCUUUGUCCUUGAGAUCCUCAUCAGCUUCAUCGAUCGCCAUGGAAACCGGCAGAAGUUCUCUACCAUCAGCACCAUCAGCGACAUCUCAGUUCUGAAGCUGAAAGUGGACAAGUGCUCACGCCAGGAUACUGUCUUCAUGAAGAAGCAUGGCCAGCAGCUCUACCGGCACAUCUACCUGAUCUGCAAGGAGGAGAGCAACGUGCAGGCUCACUAUGAGGCUCUUUACAGCAUGCUGAUGCUCAUUAGCAUCGAGCUGGCUAACGAGGAGGUCAUGGUGGACCUCAUCCGCUUGGUGCUGGCAGUGCAGGAGAUUGCUCAGAUCAACGAGGAUAACUUGACAGCAUACAACCGCUGUGCACUCUUUGCCCUCGGUGCGGCUUACCUGAACCUCAUCAGCCAGCUCACCACCGUGCCCACCUUCUGCCAGCACAUCCAUGAGGUCAUCGAGAUGCGGCAGAAGGAAGCUCCCUAUCUACUCCCUGAAGAUGUGUUUGUGGAGAGACCCAGGUUGAGCAAGAGCCUUGACCGCCUGGGCCCAGAGGUCUUCUUCUGGCAGAGCAAGAUCAGUGAGGUGCUGGGAGGCAGUGGCUACAACUCAGACCGGCUCAGCACACCCUAUGUUCCCCAGCUGACAGAUGAAGAUCGCUUGUCCAAGAGGAAGAGCAUUGGUGAGACCAUUUCCCUGCAGGUGGAGGUGGAGUCGAGGAACAGUCCUGAGCGAGAGCAGAGAGCACCAGCAGAAGAAAUCACAUAUGAGACGCUAAAGAAGGCAAUAGUAGACAGCGUUGCUGUGGAGGAGCAGGAGCGGGAGCGGAGGCGGCAGGUGGUGGAGAAAUUCCAGAAAGCCCCGUUCGAGGAGAUCGCUGCCCACUGUGGUGCUCGGGCGACGCUGCUGCAGAGCAAACUGAACCAGAUCUUUGAGAUCACCAUACGGCCACCACCAAGUCCCUCCGGCACCAUCACAGCUGCCUAUGGCCAGCCCCAAAACCACUCCAUCCCGGUGUACGAGAUGAAGUUCCCAGACCUGUGCGUGUACUGAAGGUGGCCCCGCUGGUAGGGCAGAGCCACCGCUGCACAGCUCGCACCAAAGGACCUCUCGGGCAGAGACUGCUGACCCUGCGGGGAGCACAUCCUCCUGCAGGACGGGUGGGGACACGGACACUGAGGCCACCCCUCAGAUUCGUUGGCACCACAGACCCGUCUCCCGUACUUUAUUGUGUCCAUGUUUCCCGGCAGUUGGUGGUGCAGGAGGCACAGCAGCGCGGGGAGGUGGGUAUUCGCUGUGACCUCCAUCGCUGGUUUCUGUUUUCGGGAAGGGGAGAGGAGAUGCUCUGGCUCCGAGCAGAGCACGUUGUUCAUGUGCAUCUUCCUGGCAUAAAGCAAACCUGUUCUCUGGGGAAUCCCUCCCCACAUCAUCUGUUGGCCAUGUCGAGAGCCCCUGGCAAGGGGCAACGCUGAAGCUGGAGGGUGGGAGACUGUGGAAGGCAGGAGCAGGGCUGGGGUGCAGCGUGCCCGAGUCAGGGGUGCCACAAAACCAAAACCUGCCUGAGAUGGUGCCUGAGUGAGGUUGCUAGAGGAGAUUCAGUCUCUGCAUCCAGCUCCUGGUCUGUGAGUCUGGACCUUCCCUUAGGCGCAUGCGUCAUUCCCCUGGGUACCUCACUGUGCUCUGAAGCCCUGGACAAAGGGGUUGCCUGGUGCAGCACGAGGAUGGCAAUUGUCUCAUUGGGGUGUGAGGCCGCACAGCAGCCUGGCUGGUCCCAGGUCACCUGAAAACACAAUUUCUUUGGGAAAACCCACUUUUUUCCUUUUUUUUCCUUUUGGCAAAAUCCACGUGAGCCAUGUCCCUUGCCCUGGUCACAGCCAGGCUGCACCUGAGGAGCCAGUGGGACGGGGGGACCUGGGGCAGUGACACAAGGCAGGAGCAGCCAUCAUGCUGGGGCAUAUUAAACACAUUACCCUCUGUUUUCCUAUUUUUGGGUUGGGUUUUCCCAGUUUUGGGAUUCCUGUCUGGAAGAAUUGCUGAAUUAUUUUUAUUAGCAGAACACUUUGACAAAGCCCAGUCUUCAAUCACCUGAGCCAUGAUCACACAGACACCCCAGUGCUGUAAGAAAUAGCUGUGAUAAGAGGGACUUUAGAGGGUCCACCCUCCAGGCCCUGCAUCAUGCCUCUUGCUGUGCAAUAGGAUAGAGCUGGAUUAACUGGAUUUGGGCUGGGGGCAGAUGAGGCUCCAGGCUUGAGAGUUUUGCUUUGACACACGUGGUUGAAAAUUCUGCAUCCUACCAAGCCAAAAGUGGAAGGUGAAGAUGGUAAAGAUGGGGAGGGGAGGUCAUUUUGGGGGUAUUAGUCACUCACAGGGUCUGUCUUGCUGUCAAAUGUCAGUGCACUAAGGUGAGCUUGGGCACGCUUUGCAGUCUGGGGGGGGGUCUUUCCUGCCAGCUCGGGCAUCACUUUCCGCUCUGGCUGAACUCACUGCUUCUGCCUUUGCCACAUGAAGAGACACGGAUCUAAAGCUGGAGAUGUGGGAGCUGCUUCCGCAUGUGGUGGGGGGACUCAGGUAAACACAGCUGCUUGGUUUCUUCAGCCACAACCUGUUUCUCUACCACCUCGCUGCAGAGCUUCAGGCUGUUGUUUUAAGCUGUAAUUACACAUUACCAUCCCCUUUCCUUUCCUCAGUGGCAGAUACAGUUCACGAUUGCCCCGAGGUCACUGCUUGUUUGUGUGAUCGUUCUUUAAUCUGGGUUUAGGAAAUGAUCUAGCUUAAGAGGACAGGAAAAAAACCAGGGUUUAUUUCGGUCUCUAGGCUGGAUCACAGCACUGCCUGUGCCAGCCCUGUCCAGUGCCCAAGGCUCUCCCCUUGCUGCUGCUUCUCCUCCAUGUCCCAGUGUGUCUCUGUCCCCUGUUCCUGAGCCCUUUUUCCUCUCUCUGUCAUAGCUGGUCCUGCAGAAGCCUGAGUUUUGGCUGGGGCAGGUUUUGGGACACACAGCAGGAACACGAAGCUGGCUGCUUGGGGAGGAAGUGUUUGCUCCUGUGGCUGUUCCCAUCUUUUAACCAAACACAAUAGGCAAAGCAACCCCCAAACUUGUGUCAGUGCGGAAAAAACACCCCCAAACCUCUUCAAACCACAAAGAAGGUGGGAAAAUGGUUUGCUCAAUCUGAAGGAAGAGAACCACAGGGCACAUCUUGGGGUGCCCAUUGUCCUGAGGGGCAGAAAAUACCCCUGGCCUCUGCCCUGGGAGCUGUCCUGGGUUAUCCCUGCACGGCACCCUCCUGUCCCUCCACUCCCAACGCUUCUUUCUUGUCCACUCUGUGGGAUCCUGCAGCAGGGCCAGGAGCAUCACCUCCUGGCUGGCUGCACCCCCCAGCAUGUCUCACCAUGUCCCCUCCAUGUUUUGGGACCCAAACUCCACCUGUAAAUGCCCCCCCCCCCCCCCCGCCCAUGGUGUAAGUGACCUGUUUGUACAUCACGUUUAGUUUAGAUACUUGUGUGUGUAUAGAUGACAAAGUAUAUUUCUAUGCAGUUGGCAGUUCCGGUGCAUGUGUGCGUUUCCAUCUCUGUAUUUUGGAGCACUGUGGCGUUUCCAUGUGUAGCCAAGAGCAGGGGAGGAGCAGGCAGGUAAAAGGGCCAUUGGUAUUUUCAAACAUACCAUCUUAAUGCCCUUUUCCAAUAAAUGUUGAUGUUGCCACCUC